AUGGCAUCUUUCAUCUUUUCUAAAUUAACAUCCCCUAGUAAGCCCAUUACACCUAGUAAAUCUAGAAUUGAGAUUGAAGAAGAAAAUGAUAGUGAUGCUAAAAAGACCCCAAUAGUGAAUGUUGAUGAUGUUGAUGAUAGUGAUGAUGAUGUUGAGGAGGUUGUGGAGGAGGUUGGGGAUGAUGAUGUUGAGGAGGUUGGGGGUGAAUGUUUUGAUGAUUUUUGUGAGAAACAAAAUUCAAAAGAUGAUGAUUUGAAUGAGAGUUGUCCUUGUGUUGGUCAAUUAUUCGAUAGCUUAGAUGAAGCGGAGAUGUUUUAUAGGGAUUAUGGUAGACGUGUUGGUUUUGAGAUAAUAAUUAGAACCACACAUAGGCGUGUGAAAAGUAAGAGAAUUUGUUCGCGUUUGUAUAUAUGUCGGAAGGGUGGGCGAAUAGUAACAAAGUCGUUGGAUGAAGAAAAGGAUGUUCACAAAAAAAAGAGAAAUAGGGAUUCUAUUGGUAGAACGCAUUGCUUGGCGCGGAUGUACGUUGUGCAUAGGGAAAAAUUGAAUAAAUGGGAAGUGACAUCGGUUUAUUUAAAACACAAUCACACGAUGAUUUCAAAGGAUGAAGUGCUUUUCAUGCAACGGCCAAGGAAUAUAACUCCCGUUAUUCGGCAAUUGAUUAUAACAUUGAAUAAAUCGGGUAUUGGGCCUUCAAAAACUUUAAACGUGUUAGGGGAGUUAACGGGUGGCUUGGAGAAUAUUGGAUUUGGUAAUCAAGAUGUUCGGAAUGUAUUGCGUGAUAUUCGACAUUAUGUGUUUGAUUCGAGUGAUGCUUUAGAGGGUUUGGCAUUACUUCGAGAAUUGAAACGUAAUAGUCAAGGUGAAUUUUUGUAUAAAGUUGACGUGGACGAGGAAAAUCGUGUGCGGGCCAUGAUGUGGGUUGACCCGAGAUCAGUCAAUGCCUACAAAAAUUUCGGAGAUGUUGUUGUUUUUGACUCCACAUAUCGUACUAAUAGGUAUUGCAUGCCGUUCGUGCCAUUUACGGGGGUAAAUCACCAUUAUCAGUCGAUUUUGUUCGGAUUUGCCCUGAUAAGGGAUGAGACCGAAGAAUCUUACUUAUGGGUGUUUAAGAGUUGGUUGGAGGCUAUGGGGAAUGUGGCUCCACAAACGAUCAUCACCGAUCAAGACAUUGCUAUUGGAAAUGCUAUUGCCGAAGUUUUGCCUAACACAAGUCAUCUAUAUUGUACGUGGCAUAUAAGUACAAAAUUUGGUGAAAAAUUGUCGCAUUUAUAUGCAAAUCAUGAUCACUUCAAAGAAGAUUUCAACUCAGUCCAAAUUGCUCUGUUUUCUCCCUACGCUGUAUAA